GGUGACCAGUUUCAGAGAUUCAGAAUCAGUGGCCAGUGCCCACAGCUCAGUGCGUGCAGAAGCACGAGGCUGGACGCGCAUCGCUCGUGUCGAAUACACUUACGAUAUAAAACACGUUACGAAAACUUUUCAUAACUGAGACGAGUCGGAAAAUAAAUAAGACGACUUUAAUGAAACGUGGUGACGCUAUCUCGUCUAAAAACUGUGAAAAUUAAUAUUUUUACUUCAUUUAUCACAAGUUUUAAAUUUUUUUUUGUUUCAAAGUGUUUUUCUAAAGACAAAAUAAGUGAAGUGGAAUAAGUAAAUAUUAUUGCCAGGAAAAUGAAGGUUCUUACAGUCGAAGAUAAGGUGGCUAAUGUUGGAAAUGAGAAUGAACCUAGAGUUGAUGGUAAUGAAAGCGAUAAAUUGACAAAGGAGGAAUUAAAUAGAGGUUGCCCUCUUGGAGUAUCUCGAGUCAUCGACCUGGUAUAUGUUUGUGGUGCCCAUGCUCUGCCAGGAGCAGUGAAGGCUUUACAUCCAGGUUUAGUGGUGAAUGCAGCCCCCGAACUUCCACCACCACCAGAAGACUAUGCCCCAAGAUAUUACGUACCGCUGCUAGAUACACCUAAUUCAGAUAUGCAUCCGUAUAUGGAAAGAGUUGCAGACCUAAUAAAUGAGGUCGUCUCUAGAAAUGAAGUCGUGCUAGUACAUUGCGUUGCUGGUGUUUCAAGAUCGGUUACCCUCUGCUUGGCCUAUCUAGUUAAAUGGCAAAAGAUGACCCUCCGAGAUGCCUAUCACCAUUUGAAACAAAGAAGGCCACAAAUCCGACCGAACACCGGUUUCUUCAAGCAGCUCAUAAAAUUUGAGGAGAGGCUAUUUGGCGAGGCAUCUGUCAAGAUGGUCUAUUGCGAAGCCAUUGAUAAAGAGAUCCCUGACGUCUACGAACCCGAUUAUAGUGGAAUGAUGUGGUUUAGACAGCGAUAUGGACCUAUUGAGAAUAGUUAAAAUGUAAACGUCUGAAAAAUUAGACAUAAGCUGUUAGGUAAAUAAUUUUGUAUAGGGUUGAUAUAGGUAAAUAAUCUAAACUAAAAUUAGAUGGUUCAUUAACUUCAAUACAUUAUUUUUAAUGAAAGCAUGAAUAAUUAAUAAAAUACCAUUAUAAAAUAUAAAAUAAAUUUACACGCUCAGAGUUUGGGCCCUUCAUUUAUAUGCAAUUCACCAAAAUGAUAACAAUAUUGAAGCGUAAUAAACCAUCUAAUUACUGAUAUACUCGUAAUUAAAAGUAUAGCUACAACGAAUUAUAUGCUGAUAUUAAAAUAUAAAGGUUUAAAAAUAUUAAAGAUCACAAAGAUUUAAGGUCGUAUACAUUUAAGGCUUCUAUGCAGAUAUCGUUAUAUAAGUGUAUGUAAUAAGUAUAAUUGAUAGGAAUUAUGUUUUAAAUAAGACUGAUAUAGAAAAGUGUAACGAUUGAUAUCAAACAUUAAAGUCUUGUGCUAUAAAAUUCUCCUAAUAUAAUGAUGAUACUAUACGUCAUAAGGUUCGUCGUAUCAAGAGGAUUAUGUCUGCAGUGUGGAAACUCCUAAAAUAAAUGAAAUAAUAUAUUUAACUUAAAAAAAUGUUAGAACAUUUUUUCACACAAGAGCUUAGGAUAGUACAUGCUCUUGUGUGAUUCAAUUUGUAUUAGUAGUUAAUAAAAUGUUAAACUAAUUGUACUGUAGAGACGGUAGUAAGGAAGAUCAAUUUGGUUAUGUAUGUCAAUUAUAUAAGUAUGCGUAUAUCGAUAUUUUACAUUGUGAUAACUUAUUGUAAUGUUACUUUCUUUUUGUUAAUGUUAAUGGGACCAAAAUAAAUAAGUUUUUGAUUAUCAA